CACUGCUGCCUGUCUCUUGGACAUCUCCCCUAUCUAACUUCACUUCUACGAUCCCUGAGGAAAGAAAGGGUAGGCCUGCCGUACUGGGGAGGGCCCUCAUCUGGCAAAGUUGAGAGCCUCUGUGCCCCAGGGGCUCUGGGAGGCGGCUCAUUGCCAGGAGCCCUCCGAGUCCAGACCCCUGUAGUCCUGGGAUAAGAAGCAAUAGCAGGAUGAGAGAAGAACAUUAGGAGACACUGAAUCUGCCCUAGAAGUGCCAGCUGUCCAAGGGGACCCUGGAGGAAGAGGAAGGGGUUUUGUCUGGGAGUGUCAGACUCGAGUGCUGUCCACUGUCUAUGGGAGCAGCCCUGCUAUGGCCAGCUUUGGGCUAGGCCUCCUGCUUCUGCUGCUGCUGACCACCCACCCUGGACCCUCAAAGGCUCAGCACUGGUCCCACGGCUGGUACCCUGGAGGAAUACGAGCCUCCAGCUCACCCCGGGACCCUCAGCAACCUCCUAGGCCCCCAGCUCAAAGCCCAGGCCAAAUUGCCCAUACCCUCCCAAGUGAUGCUCUGGCUUCGCCUGAGGACAGUGUGCCCUGAAAGAGAAGGACCAUGACCCGGUGGCUCCUACAUAGGAAGCAGCACCUGGUGCAGACACUGCUGGUAAGUAAAGUGGAAGGCCCCCACCCUUGGCCACUACAGGGCCAGCUAAGAACUGAGGGGGUCGGGGGAUAAUACAUCACUGAGAUGCCUCCUGGUACAGCUAGCUGUGGGUGCCGUUAUCUGAUAACUCCAGAAUUAUCGACAAUGGGAAAGCGUUUGCCUACAAUGCGGGAGACCCGGGUUCGAUCCCCGGGUCGGGAAGAUCCCCUGGAGAAGGAAAUGGCAACCCACUCCAGUACUCUUGCCUAGAAAAUUCCAUGGAUGGAGGAGCCUGGUGGGCUACAGUCCAUGGGGUUGCAAAGAGUCGGACACGACUGAGCGACUUUUCACUUUCACAACAAUUUAUGAUGAUAUGACAGCGACAAUUUAUGACAAUUUAUGAUGAGAUGCCCCGUGUCCCUUCUGUUGGGCUUCCCUGAUAGCUCAGCUGGUAAAGAAUCCGUACGCCCAAUGAGCUACAAAACCGGCACGCUGAAUCCUCUAAGAGGCAAAGGGCAACGACAGGACGUGGGAGUCGCAAAA